AUGUCAUCCUCUCUAUCCUCCAAUCAUUUCAAUGAAGAUUCCUCUUCAGAUGAUUCCACCAUCAGCUAUCCAGACCGCUCAGAUUUCCCCCAGGUCCUUUCCGAGGAGGAUGUCAAGGAGGUUAUUGCAUCUUUGGUAUCUCAACAAAAAACUGGCAAAGAGAUCUACAGAACCCCCUCUCGGCUACCCUCCCGUCAUUCUACCCAAAUCAUCACUCCAGCUCGAAGCUCUCAUCCCAACUACGUUAGGCCUAGCGACUCGCAAAGAUCAAUUGCACAGACUAGUCGAACUCGAAAAAAGGGGAAGAGUCUCAAUACCGAAAGCGAGGCAGAUUCUGUUGUCCAGAGCCAACCCAAUCAGUCGUCCAGCCAAAACCGUACACGCAAACCUCCUCCAACCAGCCAGAAGAAGUCGCAGCGCAAGCGGAAGAAAACCCCCAUCACCAACGACUCGGAUAACAAUUCUGAAAAUGCCGACAGGAUCAUGGAUUAUACUCAAGACUCUGAUGAAGAAAACUCGAAAAUUCGGCGAUCAAACAAGAAGAAAAUCAACACAUUCGACCCAAUCCGUGACUACUUCAAGGCCCCAUUUCAUGCUAAUGAAACGGACACAAAUAUUUGUUUAUGA